AUGGCAAACUAUGGUUCUUAUGUUGCCAACACAUGUGGGAACCACGCUGCUGGAGAAGCUAGUGGUUCCCAUUCACGUCAUAGCCCCGUUCCAGAUUCACAAGCUUCACAACAUGCUCCCAUGGAGAUGACCAUUGAAGAUUUUGUUUCUCAACCUGGACGAGAACUUCUCCCCCGCUUAGAUCCUUAUGGCGCUCCAAAUACCACAUGGUUUUGUGAUUUGCAUAAUGGGAUCACAAAAUCUCUUUUCCGUAUGAUGUAUGGAAUCCUCAAAACACCAUACGCAAAGUUUUCAGUGAUGCCAUCGUCAAAACAAGAAAUGUGGUUUAAGCAAUUUGCACAAGAUUUCACUUGGCAUCCGGAUAUCACCAACAACGUUCGAAAAGAGUUUAAGAAGGCGGCUGCUAGACAAUAUUCUAAGAUGUUGAAUGAGUGGAAGCAAAAGUGGAAGAAAGGAAAGGUGCCAAAAGGGUUGAGCGAUGAUCUCUUCCAAGGUUUGAUUCAAUAUUGGGGUGAAGUAAAUACAGUUUCACUUUCCUCAAAAUAUUCUCAGAAUAGAAGGAGCGACCGUGGCGGGUUGGGCAUGGCAACCCACAACAAUGGUCCAGUUAGCGCCUAUACCCGACAACGCCAACUUACUAUUAGGGAUGGUGUGGUACCAGACCAUAUUACUUUGAUGGAGGAUAUGCAUACCAACAAAAAGACCAAACAAAUACAAGAUGGUAGAGCUAAGCUGGUUGUUGAGAGUUCGAGGAGGCGGCAAGAGGAGAUAAUCAGUUCCCAACAAUCUUCUGAAGGAUCAGAGUCUACUGUUGAACUUGGAAGAGAGAAAUUAAACGAGAUUUUUUAUGAGGAAACUGAAAAAAACAAGGGACGGAUUUUUGGACUUGGAAAUCUCUCCCAACAAAGCCCGUUAUCUCAAUCAACGGGUUACUCAUUUGCUCCCACACAAGAGUUCCAACAAGCUCUGCAAGAGAAGGAUGCUCGGAUUGCAGCAUUGGAAAAGGAAAUGGAAGAACAAAAAGCGGAGAACAAAAGAAGGGACGAGGAGAACAAGAAGAGGGAUGAGGAUCUAGCAGCGUUCAUGAGCGAGAUGCGGGCAAGACAUUCUGCCUUUUAG